CAUGGCGAGUUUUUGUCUUUUCGUGCAAGGGCUGAGCAACUUUAACGCUCUUUAUUCGUUGCACCCACUGUGAUCUAGCUCUCGCCCGUGGGGACUUUUUUCUGCACGCAGGGAUGGCCGCUGCCAGGCUGGACUAUGUUGCACCGUGGUGGACAUACUGGCUGCACAAUUUCCCCCACUACAACUUCUUGUUGCAGCCCGUGGACAAGACUUUCACGCCGGAGCAGCAGGACUACCAGCAGUCUGUGGUGGUUCUAGCUUGCGUAGGAGCGGUGGGCCUCAGCGUGAGUCUGUCGGUCUUGACCAUCUACCUGGUGUGCCUGUGUUGCUGCCGUAGGGACGUGGACGAGGACACCAAAAGGCCCGAAAGGAGCUGCUGCGUGACCUGGACGACUGUCGUCACGGGUCUUAUCAUAUGUUCAGCCGUCGGGGUGGGUUUCUAUGGAAACAGCGAGACCAACGAUGGCGUGUACCAGUUGACCUACUCGCUCUACAACGCCAAUCGCACGUUGGGCCGCAUCGACAGCCUGGCCGUUGGCUCUAUCGGCAAUGUGCAGACGGGUCUCAGGCAGCACCUAGAACGUCUGGACGAGAUCUUUGCCGGGAGACCCGACUACCUGCAGGCUCUGCGCUUCAUGCAGCUGAUGGUCGGCAACGUCAUCCGAGAGAUGGCCGCCCUGCCUGACAUCAGCAAAGCCAACGUGGCCUUGGCGCCCAUCGCGGACCAGACAGCCUCCGUCGAGUAUUUCAGAUGGUUGACCUAUCUGCUCCUGCUGAUCUUGGAUCUGCUCAUAUGUUUGGCCCUGUGCUUGGGGAUGGUCAAGCAAUCUCGAUGGCUGCUCGUCAUAAUAAUAGUCUUUGUGGCGCUGUCUGUGGUCCUGAGCUGGGCCUCACUGGGAGCCGUCACGGCUGCAGCUGUGGGCACCAGCGACUUCUGCGUAUCUCCUGACAAGUUUAUCGUCAACCAAACCAAUAAUUUCCUUACUGCAGACGUUGCACAUUACUAUCUGUUCUGCAGUUCCAAUCUGCCCAAUCCUUUCCAACAGUCUUUGACAAUCUGCCAGCGCUCCGUGACCACCAUGCAGAUCCAGAUCCAGGGACUGCUGCAGUUCUCAGUGCCGGUCUUCCCCACCGCCCAGAGGGACCUUUUAGGCAUCCAGCGCCUGUUGAACACCAGCGAGUUUAAUCUCCACCAGUUGACAGCCUUGCUCGAUUGUCACGGCCUGCACAAGGACUAUCUGGACGCCCUAAUGGGUGUGUGCUAUGAUGGCGUAGAAGGUCUCCUCUACCUGGCUUUGUUCUCUCUGCUGGCCGCGUGUGCACUCUCCGUCAUGCUGUGUGCUAUUUUCCGAGUGUGGACACUAAUGGGCAGCAGAGACAAAGAGUACGACGACAUCGAUGAAGAGGACCCCUUCAACCCUCAAGCGCGACGCAUGUCCGACAACCCGAGAAGGUCCAACAUCCACAGUUUCUGCAGCUACGCCAGCAGUGUUGACAGCCAGGCCAGCCUCCAUCCUCCUCCUCCUCAGUCUGCAGCCAACGUGUUGCCUCAACCAGAAUACAUGAAUCAGUCCAUGCUGUUUGGAGGGAGCCCUCGCUACGAGAAUGUUCCGUUGAUCGGGAGAGGAUCCCCACCGCCCUCGUACUCGCCCGGUAUGAGGACCACCUAUCUGUCUAUGACUGAAGCGCAGAGCAGACACUUUGGGACCGACUUCCAGGUGUAGUCGCAUAGACACAAAGACAGUAGGAAGAACGUUUUUGUGCUUUUAAUCCUAUUUGCUGAGCCUGCACUUGGCGUGCCAUAGGAGGCAAUUACCUCAGUAACACACACACACACACACACACACACACAUGCACAUACAUGUCUUGCCUACUUUGUGUGGACCCACGUUUGGUUAGUAGGUUGUGAGGGCCCCCCUUUCCACUAUAGCUAGAAUGAUGACAAAAAUAUAUCUAGCACUAGAUGGUAGGAGAGAGUUGCAGGCUCACUUCAGAAUGCAAAACACACAAAGUAAAAAAAAAAAUGUUACUUCUGUAGUUGUGAGGACCAGGCAAGUCCUCACAAGUCAAAAGGUCCUCACAGAAAGGGUGGUUUGUCAUGUGUAUGUCCACACAAGGACGGUGAAACAAGCACACACACACACACACACACACGUGCAGUGGUGUGUUAUUGUCUGUGUGUGUAAGAUGUAUGGAUGCGUGAAUAAGAGAAACCUUUUAACUGUUCUGUUUUUUUAAGCAUUUUUCCACCUAUAACCAGGUCGACUGCAUGGUUAAAUUUUUGAGUAAUAAUCAGUCCGGCAUACAGUCGUGGUCAAAAGUUUACAUACACGUGUAAAGAACAUAAUGUCAUGGCUGUCUUGAGUUUCCAAUCGUUUCUACAACUCUUAUUUUGUUCGUGAUAGAAUGAUUGGAGCACAUACUUGUUGGUCACAAAAAACUUUCAUGAAGUUUGGUUCUUUUAUGAAUUUAUUAUGGGUCUACUGAAAAUGUGAGCAAAUCUGCUGGGUCAAAAGUAUACAU